UCAAAAAUGGAUUGCACCGCGGCCGGGUCAGCCAACUGCAGCGCAUUCGGGUCCAUCACGCUUCACUUGACCAUAAGACUUUUGGGCGUGCAUACUGACGUUAUGUUAGCGCUCUACAUAGGGAUAUACUGUCGGCAGCUAUUGGACUGAUAAAUUCAAUAUGAGGGCGGCCAAGCCACGGCCUGUCAGCCGAUAAAACAGACCUUACGAGGGACAUAGUCUCAAAGUGACAAAUAGCCAAUCGUGUGUUCUCUACGAGUUGGCCACUUUCGUCCAAACAUAACAGUUAGACGUAAUAGUUUGACAGUUCGUACACUGAGAUUGACCAUCUCGUAAGUGCUGAAAUCGACAGCGUUAGCCCGUAACGGCUAUUGUGACUUUUAAUCACUCAGCGGACAGUGGUCAGUUGGUCAGUGUUGGACGGUGACCUUAAAUAACCUUUGGUGGCGGGCAGACGAUCGUGACCUGACGGAAGGACGGAAGGAAAAAGCCAGACACGGACGAAAGAGACAGGUGCGGGAAAGUGUUUUCCCAUGAUUCCGCUGUAAAACCGCCAUCUUUGUUGAUAUUCUUUGUCCAGAUGUAGCCUCGGAAGUUCAGGGUUUUAAUGUAUAGGUCGGUACGAUGUCACGCCGAAAACAAGGCCGCCCACAGCAACGGAAAACCAUUGAUUCUUUGGACCAAGAGAAUGAUCUGUUGGUGUGUGGGGAGUGCCAGGCCAACUUUCCACUCCAGGACAUCGUCAAGUUCAUUCGGCACAAGGUUCACCGGUGUAACAAAGAGAACUGUGACAUCACUGAUGGUGUCGACUUCAGUGAUGACGACAACAUCAGUCCUGACGAGACGGCACUGUCAUGCAUUGGCUCCAAGCAACCGAGCAUCUCUGCACCAAUCACACGCAAGGAGUCGCUCGAGACACACCACUCGCCCCGGCCGUCGAGCGACUCCCAGGUGGAGGUGGAGGAGCCAUGCACACAGCAGCCAGAGGAGAAACCUCCCGACAAGGAGGAGGUGAAGGAGAGGCUGCCCCUGCAGCAGAAACAAGUGGUGGAUGCAGAGUCGAACACCACACUGUCAGAGCCCUCCAAGUUUGUCUGUGAAACAUGCAAGGCGAUAUUCACCUCAGCAUGGAUGCUGCUCCAACAUGCUCAAAAGGAACACGGGAUGAAGAUCUACACGACGUCCCCAGUCCUCAACCUCUCUACUCCGUCUCCGCGGCCCAGCAUCGAGCAUCGAACACCGCCAUCAGCCGGGACGUCGGGCAGUGGCCACGAGUCUCCAUUCCCUCACCCUCACCCAGCAUCCUACCCGUCCUUUCGACUGCCCCUGGAGGGCCGCCCACUACACCACGGCUCUCCGCUGCACGGCUCGCCACUCAGCCCCUUCAACCGUCCACCCGGGCUGGAUCUCCCCCUCGAUAUUAUCAAUGACCCGUUUCGCAGCCUCCGACCGAGCAUGGCAUCCAUGCCACACGGGAUUCCCCCGGUGCUGGAACACAGCCCACACCAUCACCACCACCAUGCCACGCCGCCACAUUUCGGACACCCGGCGUUUGACAGGCCCAGGGUCUCCAUCGCAGACAUCGACUUUUACUCAAAACGUUUACAACAGCUAGCACACACGACUGGACCAUCAGUGUUAGUCGGUUCAGGACCAGGACCAGGACAAGGUCCAGGGCUGCCAAGACCGGACACUACAUUUUCACCAUUAGCGAGCAACAUCUUGACAAAUAUGCAGGAGCAAAAGCAGCAGCAUCAUCAACAACAGCAACAGCAGCAGCAGCAACAUCAACAACAACGAGAAUCCCUGUCUAAUAACUCUCCAGAUGCUUUGUCGAGAUCACAGCUGUCGCCCAAUCACAGCCGACCUAACAAAUCAUGCGAGUUCUGUGGUAAAUGUUUCCGAUUCCAGAGCAAUCUGAUAGUCCAUCGUCGUUCACACACCGGAGAGAAGCCGUUCAAGUGUCCCGUGUGUCCGCACGCCUGCACGCAGCAGAGUAAACUGAAACGCCACAUGAAGACUCACAGGAACAAGUCUCCAGUCUCACACAUGUUCCACGGAUCCAAUGCCUCCAACUCUGACGGAAGCAUUCAUUCGAGCAGCAGCACUCCGGACUCCAACAUGAAUGCGGUUGGGAAGCUGGAUGAGAGUGGGUAUGACAUGGACGAUGAAGAGGAGGAGGAGGAAGAGGAAGAAGAGGAGGAGGAGGAUAUGGAUGAGGACUUUGAGGAUGAGGAGGAGGAGCUGGAGGCUGUGAACAAGGACAUGAAUAGGAGACGUGAACUCGAUGAUCUCAAAAAGAAAGGCCUGGACAACGACCGUGAAGACUCGUCUAAACCAAUCAGCAAUGAACUCACCAAUCAUAAUGCAACCGAGUCGCAGAACGGGGACAUCGACCAGAGCGACGAGCCGAGGGGACUUCUCAACCACAGUCACUCACCGUCUGCCUUUGGGUCCCCAAACUCGCGUGACCGAGAACGAACUCCAUCCUCCAGCUUGCUCAAUGAAAUGAUGGAGAACUCCGGUCUCAAAAGCAUCCAGCCGUUCAACGACGCUUUCCAGCAGGCCAUAGCCGAGAAUCGCAGCCAGCAUGGCAGUUCGAAGGACUCUGAUGACGGGGAGAAGGAGAAGCUGGAAAAUGGAAAUGGCAGCCCAGACAUGAAGCGAGACCACUCCCCUCUGAGACACGCUUUGAACAGUGAUAUAUUGUUUAGGAACAACCUCUCGCAGUCUCCACUGGAUCUCCACUCAAAGCCGGGAAUCAAAAGAGAGCCUCUCCCUGAGGCGAACAUCCCCAACAACUUCGAGGCAGCAAUGCGCUACGCGUCCUGGUUCCACCAGACGUCCACACUGCGUGAUCUUCACCCAAGAUUCUUUCCGAGCUUCGGACUGCCUCGCGACACCAACCACAACGGUCUGAACCUGGCAGCCCCAGAAAGUGCCUUGAAACCUGUCACAAGCUUGCCUCGCCCAGGCCCCAGCACCCCGGUGUCGUCGCCCAAUGGGGGCCCGUACGCGCGGAGGGACCGGCGCUCUGACACCUGCGAGUACUGCGGCAAGGUGUUCAAGAACUGUAGCAACCUGACGGUGCACCGGCGCUCGCACACCGGGGAGAAGCCCUACAAGUGUGACCUCUGCAGCUACGCCUGCGCCCAGUCCAGCAAGCUGACCCGCCACAUGAAGACCCACGGCCGUCUUGGCAAGGACGUGUACCGCUGCAAGUUCUGUCAGAUGCCCUUCUCCGUGGCCAGCACGCUGGAGAAACACAUGAGGAAGUGCGUCGACAACUGCCACGCCCGACUCAUGCACGAAGCAGACGCGGACAGUAACGGAACAGCGACAUCAAAUCUAUGAUUGCUCACCUCUCAUCGAGACUUAGUAUAUAUAUAAUAUCUUGUUAUAAAACAGAAAAACUGUUAUUUUUUAUUUUUAUUCUUUUUUUUCUCUCUUUUUUUUUCCUCUGUCGUUAGAAAUCAUGUUGACUGCACUUGGAGCUAGACAAUUUUUUUUAAGGUGUGAAAUUCGACAAUACUCAAACUUGUGAUGUGUCUCUUGUUUUGAUUAAGAAUUGUUGCCAUGGUUACAUGCUUGACAUCCUAAACGGGCUAUUCUGAACACAAUGUUUUACAUUAGGUAGCUACGAUGCGUGACUGAAUUUUUGUGCAUGCCAUGUUAAACUAUACAUGUGAUGUUAACCCCUUCAGUGCUGUUUACAUGUCAACUCAAAUCACUGCACUCAAAUCACUGCAACAAAAUCAAACAAGGUUGAAAAACAAAAUCCACUCAAACCCGUCUUUUUGAAGACAUAUAUAAAAAAAGUGCUAAAAUGUCUUAACAAACAAGAGUAUUUAUAGUUGUGUGUCUUUUUACUUGGCCAAUCUUUGCAAUUUGUAAGAAUAUUCCUUUACCACAAAGUUUAUGAGUUUGAAAUAUAUUGUAAUCAAAUUACAGACUGUUUGAAAUUAUUAAUGUGUUAAUACAUUUAAGCGAUAUGGUGACUUACUUAUUUUGAGAAUAAAUCUGUUAUUUCCGUCUUAUCAAAACAAUAAAUGGCACUGAGGGGAUUGACAUCUAUCCAUUAUUAAAACCCUCCUCCCCCUUGGUAACAUAGUGUAGUGUAAAAAAACUAAACAAAAAAACUAUUGUAUAUUGUUUGUUUCUACUUGUUACAUAUAUAUGUAUAUAUAUUAUAUAUACUGACAUGUUUGAUAGACAUUUUGAGACUUUCUGACUGUUUUUACAUAUAUUGAUGUAUACCACAAAACGGAAACUACACCAAGCACCAUACAGGAAGGUAUGUGCACGUGAUAUUCUAUUUUGUACUUGUUUAACGUAAACAUCAUCGAAUGCUGUGUGUUGUGCGUGUGUGUGUGUGUAUGUGUUUGAAAUGCUUAUUAAUCAUUGUCGUUUGACAUGCAGAACAACGUGAAUUCUCUUUUAUUGUGCCAUAUGUGUAUUGAUGUUCUUUGAACUUCUCUCAGCUUUGCUUAAUUGUAUAAUAACUGUAUUUAGUAGCUUCUGCAAGUAUUAAGGCAUGUCACUAUUUCUCAAAGAGGACAUAAAAAUGGUCAUAGAAAUAUUCUUUAAAAGUUAAGAAACAGUCAAUUAGUGAUGUUCCAAAACUGGUAAUUCUUUGACCAAAUUUGGCAUACUUUUCAUCGGCUUUCUCGUUAUAUAUUCCUUGACUAAACCUAGUAGUUGUGUUGCAUACAAAUCUGACUGGUAGUUAAAUUCUUUUGAUAUCUGAUUUAGUGAAACUAAAUUUUUUAAUUCGUAAUCUUAGUUGUGUUUAAAAUAAUCUUAACAAAAUUCUGUAUCCAUGUUUUGGUCACCAUUAAUUAAUCAAAACAUGCUACAUAAUUUUGUGGAAUAUAAUGAUAUACAAAAUUUGAAUUACCUGAUAUAAUGAUUGUAUAGGGACAUAUGAUGAUAUAACUAAAUCUUUUAAUAUAGACAAUCAUCAGGUACAAUUAACUGCAUUUUCAAUCUAGUUUGAGUCUCAGAUUUAAACAUUUUUAAAAGCACAGGUCCAAGUUUGGUCAAAGUAUGUCAUGUUGGUCUAAGUUUAUCAGAUGUGUUUGUUUUGUUUGAUGUUUAGGCACAGAAUUAAAAAUCUUUGACAACAUUUAGUUUCAAAGGAAUCACUUGCCAAAGUAACAUUUUUUUUAUUAAAAGUUUCAGAAUCAUUAUCGGUAAUAGAUUGAAAAUAUUUUCUAUUUAUAAACAACAAAAAUAUAACUUAUUGUGCAUUCAACUUAUUGGAUGUUGUUUGUUCUCUUAAUUUGUGAAUUAUUUUUAUGACCAUUUUGUGCUUAUGUAGUUAUAGUGUCAACAUUUCACAUUAUUAUUCAGUGUAUUUUAAAGGUUUUUCAGGUUUGUUUUGUUGUCUUCGAUCGUUACAUGUCUGUAGAACAGUUAAAGGUUGUAGGUUUUGGUGAAUCCUUUUAAUCUGACGGUGAUCCUUUUUCCUUGACAUAUUAAAUACAACUGCAAAGAAAGUAGGUGUCCUAGCAUUAGCAGUAGUGCUCCGACAAGCAGAGAGAAGACGUUUUCUUCACUUGGUAUUGAAGUUUAUGACUGACAGCUGUCUGACAGACAUUUCAGCUAUGUGCUGAAUUAGUCUGUCGGCUUUACGGUGAACGUUGUGAAUAUGUAGCAAUUUUCACUCAGCCAAGCUUAUCUCAUAACCCAUUGUCCAUCAACGUAGUCAACAUCUUUAUGUCUGCUUCAUUCACUACUUGUCCAAGAUUUUUUAUAAACGAUUAUCAAAAUAAUUCUAUCAGUGAUUUAAAUUUAUUUUAUUUUUUAUUUUAUUUUUAGGGAGGGGGAGGAUGAGGUUGGGGAUUUGUUUGUCUUUGGUGAGGAUGUAAGGGAAAAUGAGUGGCCAUGCUUGUUGAAACUUUUCAAUAAGGACUUCUUUAAAAUUCAGUAUAAAACAAUACAAAUUCUGUAUAAUUUGAAGUCUUUUAGGUUUUUUAAGUUUUGAGUCUAAUUUGGUUUUAGAAUAUGAAAGCACAUUUAAAAAUACAACUGGUAACGUUUUGUACUUUGCGAUAAUAUAAUAAAUGUUAGAUUUUUAUCCCACCCUUCAUUUAUUUAUAAGCGUCUUUUUUUGGGGGGGUGGAGGGGUGUGUCUUUUAAACAUAUGCUCAAUGUGCAGUAUUUUCAAUGUCCUGAAAAUAUCUAUUUAAAAAAAAAAAAAAAAAAAAAACCCACAUUACUCUUUCCAUGCCCACAUUCACAUUUUGCAAACAAAAUUGAAUGAAAGUCUGGUAUUUAAUAUAUUAUAACCAAAGUGAUGCUCCAAAAUGUUUUUGCUAGAUCUUUUAAUAAAUGAAUAUGACCUUGCAUGUGGUUGGCUGAGAUAUGUUUUGCUAUCAAAUGUUAGCAAACACCAACUGUCGGUUACAGUUUAGACUUUUAAGGUAAUUUUAACAUGAGAUUUUGCAUUCAGACCCAAAUAUUUGCAGUUAUUAUAGUAAUUAUGUUACUAAAUUUAGUAGAAACAUUCUGUCCAAUAUCCUAGCCAAGAUUCAUUACUUUUAUAUUCACUGAACCUGCAACAUGGCUGCUUAGAUCUCCAUUUGGCAAAGAAAGGUUUAAGGCUUGUUCCAGGUAGUGAUAAUACAUUUGGUAAAACAUGUCAUCAGUUUCAUGCUAAAAAUAUUGCAUGCUGUCCACCUGUCCAUCCAUUAUUGCUUAAACAUUUUCAUUUCCAAAUCCUACAACUUUUAACAGAAUCAGACUUUGAAUGAUGUAUCAAGGGUAAUUUAUCGUUUGGUUGGCUUUCACACAGUAUUGUCAACUCUACAGGUGCAGUUGGUCAUUUAUUUAGGUGAACUGAAAUGGCAGAUGUUUUCCUGUUAAUAUGGCAAAUGCCACAAAGUUGUUUUGUUUUAUAAAUUUGUUAUAAAAAAGCAUAAUACUUGUACUGUGGUACUGAAAUUGUUUUACCCAGUGUUU